ACAGCGUCCCUCCCAGCGUAAAUGGGCUUCUUGACUCCACUGGCCUCCCUCGAUAUCCGUCCCCGUCUUUCCUUCCCCCGCCGCCGCCGCCGCCGCCUGCGCCGCUGCGCUAUCUCCAACACUGCGAACAGCGGUGCCGGCGGCCUGCUCCUGCUACUUCCGCCGUAUACUCUCGCUUCUGACCCCUUGCGCUCAAGUCAAUCUUCCCUUGCCCACGGCCUCGACUCGCGUCUGCUCGCGAGUUCGCCCGCCGCCGCCUGCGCCGAUCUCCAUCCCGCGAGCAGCGGUGCCGUCGUCUUGCUGCUUCGGCCUCCGGUACGCCCCCGCUGCUCCCCGCACCAUGGUUGGGCUUUCGGAAGGAGAGAAGCACUUCAUCCGCGGGGGCAUCGCGCAGGACCUCCGCACCGACGGCCGCAGGCGGCUGCAGUUCCGGGCCAUCUCGGUCGAGACCGGAGUCAUACCUCAGGCAAACGGCUCUGCGCGUGUUAGACUCGGUGCGACUGAAGUCAUAGCUACUGUAAAGGCUGAGUUGGGGAAACCAAGCAUUCUUCAUCCUGAUAAAGGGAAAGUUUCCAUUUUUGUUGAUUGCAGCCCAACUGCAGCACCCAUGUUUGAGGGUAGAGGUUCUGAAGAAUUUUCUGCUGAGCUCUGUGUUGCACUGCAAAGAUGCUUACUCGGUGGUAAAAGUGGGGCAGGGGCUGCAAUUGAUUUAUCCUCACUGAUUGUCGUUGAUGGAAAGGUCUGCUGGGAUCUCUACAUUGAUGGACUUGUUGUUAGUUCUGAUGGAAAUUUGCUUGAUGCAUUGGCUGCUGCAAUAAAGGUGGCUUUGAGUGAUACAGGUAUCCCAAAAGUCAAUGUUUCUCUUAGUGCUACAACAGAUGAGGAACCUGAAGUUAAUGUUAGUGAUGAAGAAUUUUUGCAAUUUGACACCUCCAGUGUGCCUGUUAUUGUUACAUUGACGAAGGUAGGUAAGCACUACAUUGUGGAUGCUACCUCAGAGGAAGAAUCUCAGAUGAGCUCUGCGGUUUCAGUAUCAGUUAAUAGGCAUGGUCAAAUACGUGGAUUGACUAAGAGGGGCGGUGCAGGGUUGGAUCCAAGUGUCAUUUUUGAUAUGAUAUCUGUGGCUAAGCAUGUAAGUCGACAAUUCAUCUCGGUAUUGGAUUCGGAGACAUUAGCUGCUGAAGCGGCUGAGUAGAGAGGAAGGAGAGCAGAGGUUUUGAUUAUUGACAUGCCAAGUUUGCAAUGCAUCUACCGGUUUCAGUUUUGCUCACAAAGAUGAAUUGUUGUCUUCUGAAGCGUACAAUCUUACUGUAGCUUUAUGCUGAAGUGAAAACGCAUGGGAUGCUGGCAUGCUGCUGAAAUGUAUGCUUUUUAAUUUAUUCAUAGAUGCAUUUAACUUUUUUGAGAUAAGAUACGUUUAAUUUGGUAUGCUUGCUAGAUAAAUUGUUGUAUUGUACUCUCCAAAUAUAAAUAUUUGAUGUUUAGAGCAAGAUUCAGUUAAACUUUUAA